AUGGUAACCAGGACAUCUAUUAGACUCCUAUACAGCAUUUUAUUUAUCCUGCAUGCCAGGGCCUUUAUUCACCCCAUUGAAAUCCGGGGAAAGCACUUUGUGGACUCCUUUACAGAGCAGCCAUUUUUCAUAAAGGGCCUAGACUACCAACCUGGGGGGUCUAGCAGAGUUGAUGGCAAACAAGACCCGCUCUCGGACCCCCAAAAAUGCGCGAGAGACAUCAUGUUGUUUCAGCAGCUAGGUAUCAACACGAUUAGAGUUUACUCGCUCAACCCCGAUUUGAACCACGAUGUGUGCAUGACGAUGUUGGCGGCGGCCGGCAUUUAUUUGUUUUUGGAUGUCAAUUCGCCGUUACAAAACCAGCAUUUGAAUCGCUACGAGCCUUGGUCGACUUACAGCGAGCCGUACUUGCAGCACGUGUUCAAGCUAAUAGAGCAGUUUAGCCAUUAUAAUAACACAUUGGGUUUCUUUGCGGGUAAUGAGGUUGUUAAUGAUGGGCGCUCUGCACAGACGUCGCCCCCCUACCUAAAGGCGUUGGUCGGGGAUAUGAAGCAGUACAUUGCUCGCCACUCGCCAAGACCUAUUCCUGUUGGUUAUUCUGCGGUGGACGAUUUGAAGUUCCGCGUAUCGCUUGCCCGGUACUUGGAAUGCUACGAUGCGAAUAAUAAGUUCAACGACGUCGACUUCUACGGCGUUAACUCCUACCAGUGGUGCGGCCAGCAGACGUUUCAGACCUCUGGUUAUGACAAGCUCGUGGAUGCAUACAGAGAAUACAGCAAGCCAGUCUUCUUUAGUGAGUUUGGCUGCAAUGAAGUUUUGCCUAGACAAUUCCAAGAAGUGGAGGCGCUAUACUCGAAGGAAAUGUACACCGUAUUUAGCGGCGGGUUGGUCUACGAGUUCAACCAGGAGGCUAAUAAUUAUGGCCUCGUUGACUCUGAUGCCGAGGGCAACAUCAAACUAUUGCCCGACUUCGACACGUUGAAGAAGGUGUAUGGGAAAGUCCAUAUGCCGACUGCUGAAGAUCUUCAACGGGGACUUGAGAAGGAUAGGGCCGCUGCUAUGGCAGUUUCUAGCAAGUCCAGGUGCGUGCAGCAGUAUGAUAAUUUGGAAAUUACAAUUGCUGUGCCAAACUUGGCCAACAGCAUGAUUCGUAAUGGAGUCCAAGUAGAGCCGGGUAGCUAUGUCGAUUUAAGCGAGGACAAGCUCCGGACCACUUACAAGAUAUUUGAUGUUAGCGGCAAAGAAAUCUUAAAGGGAUCGCGAGUGGAGGUUGUCGAAGUAUUCGAUGGAUCCAAUCUCGCCAAAAUGAGAAAGUUACGCCGUGCCAGGUACAGGAACGGCGCUGCUACCUCGUUCCCAACAUCCGCAAUAGUGUUAACAACUAUUGGUAUUAUCGAACUAUUGUUCCAGUUUUCGGUAAUAUAA